UGCGGUGCUGGCGGAGCGUUUUUAGAUCUGUGAUGCUUCCCAGGACGAGUGCUGAACCAGAAGCGCUAGCUCUGUGUGCACCGUCCUCUGCAUCAUGUUACGCGGAAAUAACUCAUAAAGAUUCACACUCGUUGUUACAGCAGACCGAACAACGCUCCAUCUGCACCGUGUCCGCCACCAGCCCCUCGCUGCUCUUUCAACAAUGAACUAUGGGAAGCUCCCGGCUGUGAAUGAAGAAUGGCUAGGUUUAGGCUCAAAUCCUGCAUCACCUUAAUCGCUUUGGCGCUGCUCCUGCUCAUCAUAACGCUGGUUUUGAAGGCUCUCACCCCCGAGGACUCUCCUUUUGAAAGUCCUGGGGAGAUUAAAGUAAAUCUUUACAGACAGACUGCUUCUCAUAACCAGAGGGACUACAACAAAAGUCCCGAAGAGACCAAAAUGAAGGACCCUGCUGAGUCAGACAAGGAUGCGGAGCUGGAAAGCACCCUGAGGAAGUUUCCCCCUCCAAACUAUUAUCUCCACGCCUUCUACUAUGUAUGGUAUGGAAACCCAAAGUUUGAUGGCAGAUACAUCCACUGGGACCAUCCACAGCUGCCACAUUGGGACGCUAAGGUGGCUCAGGAGUACCCACAAGGAAGACACAAACCCCCUGACGACAUUGGGGCCAACUAUUACCCCUCGUUGGGGCCGUACAGUUCCAGGGACCCGUCUGUUUUGGAGGCACACAUGCAGCAGCUACGUACAGCAGCCAUUGGCGUCAUCGCUGUUUCCUGGUAUCCCCCUUCAACGAAGGAUGACAACGGUGAGCCGAUCGAUGAGAUAAUACCUUCAUUGUUGGAGGUGGCACAGAAAUACCAUAUCAAGGUCGCCUUUCAUAUUGAGCCCUACAAGGGAAGAGAUGAAAUCAACAUGUUUACCAAUGUCAAAUACAUCAUUGAGAAAUAUGGAGAGCAUCCUGCAUUUUUCAAGUACCGGACAAACAAUGGCAAACUGCUUCCACUUUUCUAUGUGUAUGACUCAUACUUGAUGAACUCGGAGCAAUGGGCUAAGCUGCUGAAGCACACGGACAGCGGCAGCAUCAGGGACACCCCGUAUGACGCCAUCUUCAUCGCCCUGCUGGUAGAAGAGAAGCAUAAGCGGGAGAUCCUGACCGCAGGGUUCGACGGCUUCUACACCUACUUCGCCACUAACGGCUUCACGUACGGCUCCACCCAGCGCAACUGGGUCUCAAUCAAAGCUUUCUGCGACGAUAACGACCUCGUAUUCAUUCCGAGCGUGGGGCCGGGAUACAUCGACACGAGCGUGCGGCCGUGGAACUUCAAAAACACAAGAAACCGCAUCAACGGCAAAUACUACGAAACCUCGCUGAGCGCCGCGAUGGAGUCCCGACCGGAUUUUAUCUCCAUUACGUCUUUUAACGAGUGGCACGAGGGGACCCAGAUCGAGACGGCCGUUCCUAAAACGGGCCAAACUGUGUACCUGGACUAUCUGCCCAAUAAGCCCACCAUCUACCUGGAAAUAACUCGCAAAUGGGCAGCGAUAUUCGGUGGAGAGCGACAGAGAUGGCAGGACUGAUCAGAGAGGCUUUAUGAUGUAUACUACUGAAAAACUCAUUCCAUUUGCGGGACGAGAGCAAAUUGCAUCAGAAAGUUCAAAUGAUUUACGGCUAUUGUGCAAGAUGAUGACUCCAGUCAUGAAUGUUUUAAUUUUUUUUUUUUUUGCACUUUAAUUAAACUGCGUUUUUUUCGGUGACUCAAAUAGUCUACAGAGAUUACUGGAACUGCAAGUUUACUUUUUGGUCUUUCUCUGAUUCCUGAACUUUCCAACUAAUUAUUAGGAAUCCGUUA